CAGUUCAAGUCCCACGGAGCGAAUGUACAAACUAGCUAGCUGGCUGGUUCGCCGUUUACCUCUGUUCACCUUUGGUUGUCAACGUCAGUACCAACGAAGGCUCUCUAUGAACAACCAGGCUAACCCAUGGUAUUCAGUUUCAUAGCUUGGUAAAACGUAGAGGUUUGACUAAUUGAACUCCCAUUGCUAUGCAGAGAUUUAAUGCGUUUUAGUGAAGAAAAUGGGCGAUAGGCAUGAGAAAGGCCCCAUUACUCGUAAAAGAAGAACCACUGUCUCUGGAGCAUGGGGGGCAGGUUUGAAACAGGCGAAUGGGAACAAGAAUGAUUCCGUAGGUGACGCUACGAAGGCCAUUCACAACGGUAAAGUAAAGGAACCAAAGGCACCAGAAUCACCCUCAGCAUCACGCAAGGAAAAGGGAAAACAUGAAUGCAUUUACGAUAGGCUCAGCUGUCACAGCGUGCAGGAGUCCUUGCUCAGCUCAGCCAGCGGCUACAGCAACUAUAGAGGGAUCCUCAACUGGUGUGUUGUCAUGCUGGUCUUGAGCAAUGCGCGCCUCUUCCUGGAGAACCUGAUUAAGUAUGGGAUACUAGUGGACCCGAUCCAAGUGGUGUCCCUGUUCUUGAAGGACCCCUACAGCUGGCCGGCUCCAUGCCUGGUCAUUGUCUCUAAUGCGUUUAUAAUGGCAGCUUUGUACACAGAGAGGAGGCUAUCAGUGGGCGCGCUCUCCGAAGGCUUCGGGACCUUCCUUCACGCGGCCAACCUCUCCGCCAUCCUCUGCUUCCCGGCGGCCGUGGUGCUGUCGGUGAGCUCCAUGACUCCAGUGGGCGCUGUUUUUGCCCUGGGCGUGUACUCCGUCCUCUUCCUGAAGCUCUACUCCUACAGAGACGUGAACAAGUGGUGCCGGGAGAUGAGGCAGGCCAAAGCCCGCACCCUGUCCAGGUCGCAGUCGUGCCCGUCUGUACCCAAGUCCAAUGGCGCCGCGGCGCAUGCCCAGGUGUCGUAUCCGGGCAACCUCACACACAGAGAUUUAUACUAUUUCGUGUGCGUGCCGACCCUGUGCUACGAGCUCAACUUCCCGCGGUCGCCGCGGAUACGCAAGCGCUUCUUGCUCCGGAGGCUGUUCGAGAUGCUUUUCUUCAUGCAGUUAUUGGUUGGAUUAAUACAGCAGUGGAUGGUGCCGACUAUUCAGAACUCCAUGAAACCCUUCCAGGAUAUGGACUUUUCCAGAAUGAUAGAAAGACUCUUGAAGCUCGCAGUGCCCAAUCACUUAAUCUGGCUCAUCUUUUUCUACUGGUUUUUCCACUCCUCCAUGAACUUUAUCGCUGAGCUCAUGCAGUUUGGGGACAGGGAGUUCUACAGGGACUGGUGGAACUCGGAGACGGUCACAUACUUCUGGGCCAACUGGAACAUCCCUGUGCAUAAGUGGUGCAUCCGGCAUUUCUACAAGCCCAUGCUGAGGAGGGGUGUCAGGAAGUGGCCGGCCCAGACCGCAGUUUUUCUGCUCUCCGCCUUCUUCCACGAGUACCUGGUGAGCGUUCCUCUGAAGAUGUUCCGUCUGUGGGCGUUCAUGGGCAUGAUGGCUCAGAUUCCUCUGGCCUGGUUCGUUGGCCGAUUUCUAAGGGGAAACUAUGGCAAUGCAGCAGUGUGGAUCUCCCUCAUCAUUGGCCAGCCAAUCGCCGUGCUCAUGUACGUCCAUGACUACUAUAUUUUACACUUCCAAGAGUCAUCACCAGGGGAUCCAGGACAGACCAUUCAAAUCACGUAAUUCCCAACACUCAAUAACCUCUCUAAAUGAGGAAGAGUUGAAUAUCGUUUAUUUUUGAGGAGAAAUCUAACUUUUGCUGUGAAUUAGCAGCAAUAAUGACUGGACAGGAUGUGGAAAAAUGUCAGUGCAAUCCUUCAACAUUCAGACACCAGCCCUUUGCACUUUGCUAUUAAAGAGAGACUGGGCUCUCCGAGGACUACGUGCAGUUAUCCUGCAUCACUGCCUGCCCAAAGUGAAGUUUCAGUAUAUUUGUAUUCCUUUUCGUUCUUACUUGAAUCUGUGCAUCUGUAGAAUUCUGAUAUUGAUGUAGCCGUCCAUAAAAUCUGCCUAUCCAUGUGCUUUUUUCUGUUUGUUCAACUUGGCUUUGUUGCCUUUAGGAAUAUAUACCCCUGCUCCGUCAGAUUAUCAUUGCUCUUAUUUUGUAUCUUUUGUUAUGGCUAAAAGUACCAUAGGCAGCAGUGCUGUAGCCUCAUGUCUUGAUUUAUUUGUAUUUAUUUUUAUUUUUUGGCUUAAUUUUAAGUUAAAUAUCAGGGGUCUUGCAAUAGAAAAUUGAGGUUGCCUUUUCUGAAUAUUGAUUUCAUUUAGUUAUUUAUAUUGUGUAUUUGCACUAUUUGCAUACUGCAUGGUAUUUUGCAUACAUUUGCCAAGCACUAGACAAAGUACCUUUUGAGUGCUUUAAGACAUUUUCAUAAAAUGAAAUUGUGUAUAAUUUAAGACUGGAAAAUGGUUGGAUGCAUUUUAUCUUGCCAACUGCCUUCAUAAUUCAGCCUUGUUGAAAUCAUUUAUUGUUGAAAUCGCACAUUACAAUGAGGCAGUUUGACAGCAUAACCAAGAAGUGGAAAUUACUAAACUGAAACAUCAUAUAAACAGUAUUUACUGGUCUCUUCAUUCCAUUCCAGAACUUUGUUUGCACUUAAACCCUUCAGCAAAGUAGUAUCAGAGGUAUAUACUGGUUUCUAUUCAAGUCAUUUUAAUGUAUUUGGAAUUCAGUUAUUCAACUAAUUAUUUUUCUAAUGACCAUUUUGACUAUGACACUUUGUUAGCAGGUUUUAAGAAUGACACGGCAUUCCAAAUAACCGUUUGAUGAAGACACGUCUUUGUGCCUGUGUCUGAUAUUUUCACAAGUAGUUCAGUAAUACUAUUCAGCCUCUAAGGAAAUUCUGUCUUUAUUUUUUCCCUUUAGAAUGCAAAAAUAGUGUUAUUUGGGUUGUAAUUCAUUGGAAAGUAUUGACCUGGGGAAAAGUUAAUUGUACCAUAAUAAGAAGGUAUAAAUAUUCAGGGAUGUGAGUGCUUGAUAGUUCAGGGUUGACUUUGAUCCUCACCAAAAAUAGCAAGAGAAUGUAUUAGUUAGUUGAAUUACUUGCAAGUGUAUUCAGAGUUUUAUAAAGGUGUGAUUAGCAUUUUGUUUAAAAAAGUGAUUUAUUUAAUUAAUGAAAAGCAGGGCCUGUGUUUGAAAAUGUACUUAGUAUUUAAGUAUCAAGAAUUUUUUUUCCAGAAUACAAAUUACCAAUUCAGAAAAAGGCCUAAGGGGAAGAAACAAAUCAUUUUCAAUGUAGAUCCUUAUGGAAUCUGUGGUUGUGACCCCUCUGUGGUUAAAUUUUGUAAAUCCAGCUAUUAUAAUUAUAAAUGAUAUGCUUUUGUUCACUGUUCUUAGCUCUCCAUUUGGAAGCUGUAAAAUAAAGUCCUGCUGGUGGAAUGGUCAAAG